AUAUGAGGUUUUUCAGCAAAUCAAAGCCAUAUUUGGCUGUGUUUUGUAUGCAGUUUAGCUACUCAAUUAUGUCUAUAAUUGCAAAGCGUGCUAUGGCCGACGGGUUGAGUCCGUUUGUUCUUGUAGCACUCAGGAUGCUCGUUGCUGCAAUUCUUAUUUCUCCAUUUGCCUUUGUCUUAGAAAGGAACACUAGGUCGAAGAUGACAUUCUCCAUUUUUUUUAAGAUUAUGUUGCUUAGUUUAUUCGAGCCUGUGCUUAGCCAGAAUUUGUAUUAUUAUGGGAUGAAGUAUACUACUGCAACUUAUACAGCUGCCAUGUGCAAUAUUCUUCCUGCCAUGACAUUUAUAAUGGCUUGGAUUUUCAGGCUUGAGAUUGUGAACAUUAGGAAGGUCCAUAGCCAGGCAAAGAUAUUGGGAACCAUAGUGACAGUUGGGGGAGCCAUGAUUAUGACGUUUGUGAAAGGAAGUGAUCUCCUGGAGUUGCCAUGGACGAAUGGAAGAACUGGUGUUCUUAAGAAAUCACAAAGUGACAUGCAGGAAGCAGGUCUAAUAAAGGGUGCAAUAAUGAUCAUAGUAGGCUGUUUUUGCUGGUCUUGUUUCAUCAUUUUACAAGCAUUUAUAUUAAAAUCCUACCCUUCAGAGCUCACUCUGACGGCUUUGGUAUGCAUACUAAGCUCGGUGGAAGGCGUUAUACUGGCGUUUGCAAUUGAUCAAGGAAACACAAAAAUCUGGUCAAUAUUCAACCCAGAUGUUAAACUUCUAGCUGUAAUUUAUGGCGGAAUGGUGUCCUGCACAGCUUAUUUCAUAAUGGGAUGGUUAAUGAAGAAGAAGGGACCUGUUUUUGUGAGUUCGUUUAACCCUCUUGGCAUGGUUAUCGUUGCUGUUUUGAGCGCAUUUGUUUUAUCUGAGAGACUCUUCCUUGGAAGGGUAAUUGGGGCAGCUGUGAUUGUUAUUGGACUGUACAUGAUCUUAUGGGGUAGCAGCAAAGAUCAGUGUCAUUCAAAACUACAAAACACUCAACAUGACGUGGCACAAAAUAGUCAACAAAUGACUAUAAUAAAUGGAGAUAUAGAGACUUCAAAGGAUAGUUUAAAUGAUAAAAAAGAGAACUUCAAUAAGAAGAGAUUAAGCGUUCAAAUUUUUUUUGACAAUAUUUUAAGAUUAAACUCUUAACUUAUCUGAUGUAUGUAAACAAAGCCCUAAAUAAUAUAUAUGUACGAAAUUUAAAUACAAAUCAGUAUUUAUUUUUUGUCAAAGAAGUAUGUAUGUAUUGUUGUUCUUCAUUUAUCAUUAUCUUCAACCAAUUAUGAAGUUAGGGAUUGAAGUCUGUUGCUCAAA